UGUGAGCACCCGCAGGUAAACGCCGCCUUCCAUCGAGUGCAGGUGUGCAUACCUGAACCUUAGAGGGUCUUUUUGUUCGUGGCUCAUCGUCAUACGUGAUUCCACUCGUGCGUGAAGCUCAGGCCGGCAUCGGAAGGAUGAGGUCGUUGCGGUGUGAGGUCAUCGGAGGAGCCGUCCUCGCGGUGCUUGACCUCAUAUUCGGCAUAUACAUAUUGGGGUUCUAUGGCAAGAUCCAAAACGAUCACUUCCACUGCCCGUGGGCUCACGGCAUCAGAGGCUGCGACUACUACAUGUUUGAAACAAAUCACAGCCUGCGCACCAUCAUAGGCCUGGCGGAGGGCAUCGUAAGCAUCAUCUUCUCGACCGUGCUGCUCAUCGCCUUCUUGAAACGAUUGCCGUAUCUCGCAUGGAGCUGGCUGGUCAAAGCCUUGUUCAUCAUCUGCCUGAACGCUUACUUCGUGGGCGACUGGCUGGUGAAGAGAGGUCGCUACUACCACUCGUACUGGGACCCGGACGAGUACAGAGAAGAGACUCGCUUCAUCACUGGAGGGGCAAUCGAGAUCGUCGUGCAGCUGGUGCUGUCCUUCGUCUUCUGCUGCCUCGCUGGUUCUUUUACUUACAAGAUGCGCCGCCGUGUGAGAGCAGAAAAGAUGGCAGAGACUGACAUCCACUGAACGGAACAGUUAACGGAAAAAGGUUAAAGGCUGAUGUUCGGUAAAUUUUCUCUCCACACUUUCAAGAUCGAAAGCGACAUUGCGUUAAGCAAGGCAUUGCCCCUUAGCUAACAUCUUUCUUUCACGUUACUGUUGAUUCUUCAGAAUGAUAUACAAAUCCUCUCUUAUGCAAUCAAAGAAUUUGCGAACCAAGUCUCCUAAACUAGAAUGCAAAACUUUUUAAAACAAAUUCUAUGAAAAUCCUAGUACAUUUUCCUUUAGUGACGAACAGCAAUUCUUCAUUAUUUUCGAGUGACCUUCUUUUCCUUCGGAACAAUGACGUCCAUAUUGUAUAUAAUUAUGUAUCAAAACCAACAAAUCUUUUUUCUAAGGUUUAAGUUUCUUCCUAGUUGGUGCAUUCAGUUAGCGUUUUUAUUCUACAAAUAAGUGUUGAUAUCAUGAUUCAUGUCCCAUCAGAUCGAACAAAUGAGCUCAUUUUUAAAGUGUAUAUUAGUUUUUGUUUCUCCUGCAGAGUUUACUGUCGUAUUUUUAGAUGUGACUGCUCUUAUUGUAUUGUUUUUUUUUUCUAAGUGCUUGGUCUUGCCUGCAACGCGGCGUUUUGUAAUUACCCUUAAGUUUUAUAUAUGACUACAUCAUAAUAUAUCUUUAGCAAGUUUCUCUGAACAUACAUAAAAUAAUGCACUUCACCUCAUUUACAUGCUGAUGACAGCAAGAGUUCAGCUGCUCCAUGAAAAUUCUAAACGAUCUAAGUAAUUAUAUCUCAAUUGAUAAGAGUUGCUUUUCAAUCUAUUUUUUCAAUUAACAGAUUUUACCGGCGUUGUGUCUUAGACUCUAGUUUUUCCCCAUUUAUCUUCGACGUCAAGAAGGUAAGCGACUUCACGCAACCGUCAUCUCUUAUCAGGCAGCUCUUAUCUUAACUCUCAAGUCUACAUGCAGUCAUUUCCUAGGUUAAUUCACUUCUGAAAAUAAUAUUGGCAUAACCAAGACUAAGUUCGAAUGCAUUUGUGCUGGUUUGAAAAAGAUUUUCUGACUCUUCGGAAUCAAUGCAUUUUUAUACUUCAUCAAACAUACGCCGCGUGCACACAACUGUUUUUGCAGUUUGGGAACAGCGAUCAGACAUAAUUUUGUAUUUGAUGUGAAUAUUGAAAUUUGUUGUUGUAAAUAUUGUUUUUUCUGUAAUCUAAUAUAAGAGUUUAAUUUUAAUUUAGCUUAUGAGAGUGUUGAGGUGACGUUUCUAGAAAAGUUAUCCCAGUCGUGUCGAAUCAUCAUGCAAUCGUGCAUUUUUGUUCAAAUCACACAAUAUACGUAGCUACAUAGUUUUGUCAUUGCGCCAUUUUCAAAAUUUCGUUACCUAAACUCGUAUUGUAGUGAAAAUAAUUUAGAUUCUUCAAAAUUGUAAAAUUGAUCAGUCAGCACGGCAGAAAAUUCGAUGCCACCUAGACUCUAUGCUCAAAUUACAUUAAAAGUCUGAUUAUUAACGAUGAUGGAAAAAAUUCAUUUAGACUGCUCUCUAGGCUCUGUGUUGUCUAGUUCAAAAUAAUUUUAUGCAGGGUGGGAAUUCCGCUUUGACUAAAAAUUCAGAAGUACAUUAUACCAUUCGAUGAUUUUCUCGUCCUUCUGUAAGAACUUAAAAUUUCAUAACUAGGAAAUGGCCCACUCUCGAACUUGCCCACGAUUCCUCUAUGGGUUUACACUGGGCGAAUGUGUCAUUGCCUGGUGAGCACACACGACUGGUAAUUAACAUCGUCACUCCGUUGCGCCGGGAAUAUUGCAACCAAUAAUACUUUAAGAAGCGCACACUUCCGAUGGCGUGUGUCGAUCAAUAACGAUAAUUGUACAUUGUUAAGAGCCAUUUUACAGUAUUGUGCGCUAUUUGUUGUUCAUUCGAAGCACCUGCGUGAGUUAGUGGUCUUUAUGUGACUUAUAACAACUAUUUGCGCCUGUUAAUUAAUGUUAAUGUAAAUUUGUAAGCUAUUAUAUAAGUCUUUAAUGAAGUUAGGGGUCUAUGAAUACAUGUCAUUCUUGUGUCAACUGUUGUUCG